CCUAAGACAGGGAUUUGUGAGAUCAAAGUCGCGACAAUCCUUCUACUAGUCACGGAUGAGGGUUUUCGGGGGCAUUUCGCUUGAGUGAUUUUCCUCAAAAGGCCAGACUCCCUUUCCUGUGACUCUAGGCCUGGCAUUUCCAUGACAGACUCAAUAUCGUUACGAAGAUAUGCCAACAUGCAUUUGCCCCCGAGCUUAGGACUACUUGAUGCCAGAGAUGCAUCGAUUGACCGCAGUGUGCAGACAUGGAACUAUGUGUGCCAGUCACUAUGUAUCAUCGGAAUGACCCUUUUCUUUGGGCUCCGAGUCUAUACACGUUGUUUUAUUCUCAGUGGUUUUGGAAAAGAGGAUUGGGUAUGCUUAGCAGCAUGGUUCCUCGGGGUUUGCUAUUCUAUCAUCGCUCUAAUCAUGGGACAAUAUGGAGGAGGUUUGCAUUAUUCUGACGUUCCGCCCAACGAUCGAAUCUCAUUUCAAAAGACCGUUUAUGUGACAAUGGUGAUGUACGGACCGACGGCCUAUGUGACCAAAGUCCUGCUCCUAUGGAUCAUGGCUCGAGUUUUUACCCCUUUCCGCAAAGCCGUCUUGUUCAUCUAUGGCUUCAUGGCGCUCAUGCUAGCCUACUAUAUCCCGGCCGUCAUUGUGAAGAUCCGAAUCUGCGAUCCGAUUUCUCUUUUCUGGGACGUCAAAGUUGAAGGGACAUGUCUGGACGAAACUUCCAUCAUCCUUGCUGAUGCAGUCGUCAGUUCUGUUAGCGAUCUCAUUAUUCUGUUUCUACCUCUGCCAUUGACUAUGACUCUCCAAAUGUCAAAGAAAAAGAAAAUGAGAGUUAUCGCCAUCCUUGGUGCGGGUGGAAUAGCUGUCGCGGCCAGUAUCAUUCGGCUAGUUCUCAUCGUGUUGACUGGUCAAUCCAAGGAUGCAACUCUGGCCUUCAUGAGGAUCAAUAUGCUUGGAAACGCCGAAGUCGCAAUCGGAGUUAUUUGCACCUGUCUUCCCGCCCUUUCUGCCCUUGUUAAGCGUGUCUUCAACGAAUACUCCAGCGACAAACAAACCUACGAAUCGGAAUACAAGCUCACCUCCAUGAACAAUCAGACAAAGACAGAGCGGAGCAGAAAACAGGUAACCGUACAGGAGGCUGAGUCAGAUGAGGAUAUGCUAGUGUCCAACGCACAGAGCAAUCCGACACAAACGACGAUAUAUGGUGAUGCCGAGGAACGAGGAUUCUCGCAUGCCUCUACCGUUGGCGGUAUUGGGAUCACUCGGACGGUCAAUGUUUCGACGUCGGUUGAGUCGCGGUCUCACUAGAGCGCGAACCCUCUUCUACACUAUCAUGGUCACCUGGGGGAGGGGAGAAAAUUGACUUGAAAUUCUGCUUUGAUGUAUAUAUCAUAAGCUUAGACAUAUUGUUAAAUCAAAACGAAGAGAUGUAAUAGCCGUAUGACUGCC